AUGCCACAGCCACUGAGUCUGAGCUCUAGAGCCUGGGAGUCGCCACUACUGGGCCCACCUGCUUCAGCUGCUGAAGCCGGAGCGGCCUGGAGCCUGUGCUCUGCAACGAGAGGAGCCACCACCGGAGCGGCCGCCACCAUUCAGUCACCACAGGAGGGGCCGCCACCAGAGGGAACAGCACCAGUCAGUCACCACAGGAGCGGCCGCCACCAGAGGGAACAGCACCGUUCAGUCACCACAGGAGGGGCUGCCACCAGUCAGUCACCACAGGAGGGGCCGCCACCAGAGGGAACACCAUCAGUCAGUCACCACAGGAGGGGCCGCCACCAGUCAGUCACCACAGGGGCGGCUACCACCAGAGGGAACACCACCAUUCAGUCACCACAGGAGGGGCCGCCACCAGAGGGAACAGCACCGUUCAGUCACCACAGGAGGGCUGCCACUAGUCAGUCACCACAGGAGGGGCUGCCACCAGAGGGAACACCAUCAGUCAGUCACCACAGGAGGGGCCGCCACCAGAGGGAACAGCACCGUUCAGUCACCACAGGAGCGGCCACCACCAGAGGGACCACCAUUCAGUCACCACAGGAGCGGCUGCCACCAGUCAGUCACCACAGGAGGGGCCGCCACCAGUCAGUCACCACAGGAGGGGCCGCCACCAGAGGGAACACCACCAUUCAGUCACCACAGGAGGGGCCGCCACCAUGCAGUCACCACAGAAGGGCCUGCCACCAGUCAGUCACCACAGAAGGGCCUGCCACCAGUCAGUCACCACAGGAGAGGCCGCCACCAGUCAGUCACCACAGGAGAGGCCGCCACCAGUCAGUCACCACAGGAGGGGCCACCACCAUUCAGUCACCACAGGAGGGGCCGCCACCACGCAGUCACCGCACCUGA